AUGGAGAGGGGAGUUGAGGAAACGCUAGCCUCUUUAAGGCACAAAAAGUCGAAGUCGGGGUCCUUAAGUGAUCGAGCAUUGGAUCAAACUACCAUACAGAGAUUGGAAACACACGAACUCAUCUUCGACGCUGCACCUACGAAGGAAAGAGAAGCAUUUUGGUCGGAGCAGGACCAGGAGCGUGCCGAUGACAUUACGACCGAGGCCGAUUUUGUCGAAUUCAUUACUCCCUAUUUCAGCAGGGUAUUAUCCAGCUGUGCGAGAGAUACCCGCGGCUGCCUCGGACUGCCAGGAGUGAGCACGAGUAAUGGUCUCAUACCGGAUGUAUUUGCGACCCACAAAGCGAUGCUGCGUUUGGCCGAGUGGUGCGGUAUCUGGAAUAUAUUGACCCUUAUGGGCCAGCAUGCGCCAUUUUCUGACCGCCGCUCCUCUUGGCUGAUCAAUAGUCGCGAUUCGGUUGUUUUCAAAGUUCAAACGGCGAAGUGGGUCGAUAAGGGCUCGAGAGAGUUGCUUCGGAGCUUCAUGAUGGACAACACGUCUCCCUGGGUGGAUCGCCUAAACAGUAUCUGCUCAUCAUUGGGUGUUGAUGUCGUAGAGGGUGAUGCAUUUCUCGGUCGUGGCGCUUUUGGACGCGUGUUCAAGGUGACUCGGCAAGGCCAGGAGUUCGCACUAAAAAUCGUGGAGAACCGCUCUAUUGGACGUCUUUAUCGAGAGAUGGAUGCCUGGAAGAAAGCCCAGCACACGGACUUGACGGCAACGUUUUUGGAGCUCAUUGAAACUCCCUCUGCCUCGACCGACGACACGACAGGAAGUGCGAAACCUCUUUGGGCUGCUAUGGGAGCUCCACGCCAAGGACUUGUCCAUGGAGAUCCACAUUGUAUCGAAUGUGAUCCUCACUGA